AUGUUGGACUGCUACAAGUACGUCGCUGGGGAUGAGGGCACCGAUCCGAAAAACGAGAAAUUCUGGGAAACUGUGCUUACGUUUUACACGGUUGUUACCAUGGUGACUCAGACUAUUUUUGAACCGGUGAACCUCACGACCUUUUGCUGCCGAUUGUCGCUUCGAUUUCGCUUGCUGGCGUCUGGCGUGCUGAUGCUUCUGGAGUUGCUCGUUAUAUUGCUGCUGCCCACAUCGUCUGGGGUAUCCGAGGAAGGCGCCAUGGCUGCGGUGCUGCUGAUGGCGUUUGUGGGUGGUAUUGGACGAGCAUUUUAUGAAAACACUGGGUACGCACUGUUUGGACCUUGCCCGCCGAUCAUGGUGUCAGGAUUUGUUAUUGGUGCAGCGAUUUGCGGCGCUCUCACGUCCCUUCUGCAGAUCAUAAUCAAGGCCUCCAUGACGGAUGAUUUCGAAUCGGUGAAAAUUCAGUCAUACAUUUAUUUCAGUGUUGCCCUUGGAAUUAUUGCCGUGACAAUGAUCCUGAUAUGGAUUCUUUCGAAGCUUCCUUUUGCUCAGAAGUACGUGGCUGAGUUCCGCUCAAGGAAUGGCUUUUUUACCUCGAUCUACCAGAAGCGUCGUCCAACUGUGUCGACAGAUUCUGUCAGUGCCGAAGAUCCGUGCGGUGAGAUCGCGAAAAUGGAGAGUGACGAACCUGUCGAAAACUCACAGGUGGUUGAGCCUGUAGAGCUCACAACAGCAGAAUUGCUCCAGUCAGCAAAACUGUGGCCAAUCAUCAAGAAGAUUUACCCUAUGCAGUUCUCAUGUUUCUUUACGUACUUUUGUACGUUUCUUCUCUUCCCUGGUGUGAUGCUGGCAGUGGACCCUGAUGAUGAUUGGUAUGGAACCAUUGUCAUGGCGGUAUUCAAUGCUGCCGACCUCAUGGGACGAUUGAUUUGCUUGAUCAAGUGCUUGUGGCCGCCGCGCAAAUGGGUUGUUAUUGGUACAAUCUCGCGUAUUCUUCUGUUUCCGCUUUUGCUGCUCUGUGCGACGGGCCAUAUACCCUCGUAUGGAGCUGCCUACGUGAUAACAGCGGCGACGGGAAUUACCAACGGCUAUUUCGCCACAAUUUCUAUCACGUAUGCACCGGAAACCGAGGGCCUUGCCAAUGAAGGAGAGAGGGCUAUUGCUAGCCAAGCCACCGGAGUUUGCCUCCUGUUUGGUGUUUCUACGGGGUCGCUGUUACAGUUGGCGAUCGCCCUCAAACUGUAG